AUGGGAAAUGUAAGCAAUGAAGAACAAGAACUCAGAGAACUCAGAGAGAUUGAAAAUUUGGAGAGAGAAGACGUGGAAAAAGCUGGAGUUGAUUUAGAAGAUCCAAGUGGAAUAGCACCGUGGACACAACAGAUUACAGUUAGAGGACUGAUAACUAGCGUCUUUAUUGGCUUGAUUUAUAGUGUCAUUGUGUUGAAGCUGAAUCUCACAACUGGUUUAGUCCCUAAUCUUAAUGUUUCAGUUGCACUUCUUGGUUUUGUGUUCAUUAAACUUUGGACUAAGAUUCUUGAGAAAGCAAAUAUUGUUUCAACACCUUUCACUAGACAGGAGAAUACCAUUAUUCAGACUUGUGCUGUUGCAUGCUACAGUGCUUCUUAUGGAGGUGGUUUUGGGUCUUACCUCUUGGGUUUGAAUCGGAAGACAUAUGAGCGAGUAGGAGGGGCUAGUACACCAGGGAAUACUCCUGACACCAAGGAGCCUGGAAUUGGCUGGAUGACUGGUUUUCUCUUUGUUACUUACUUUGUUGGGCUAACAGCAUUAAUUCCUUUUCGAAAGAUGAUGAUAAUAGAUGCUAAAUUACCUUAUCCAACUGGAACUGCAACGGGUGUUCUUAUUAAUGGAUUCCAUACUCCUAAAGGAAAUGUCAUGGCCAAGAAGCAGGUUAAGGGUUUCAUGCGGUUCUUCUCAUUCAGUUUGCUUUGGUCUUUCUUCCAAUGGUUCUAUGCUGGUGGAGACCAAUGCGGAUUCGCUCAGUUUCCUACUUUCGGGUUGAAAGCAUGGAAAAACACAUUUUACUUUGAUUUCAGCAUGACGUAUGUUGGGACAGGAAUGAUUUGUUCACAUCUUGUCAAUUUAUCAUUGCUUUUUGGAGCUGUAGUUUCAUGGGGCAUUAUGUGGCCACUGAUCAGAGUUCUAAAAGGAAAUUGGUUCCCUGAAAGUUUACCAGAAAGUAGCAUGAAGAGUCUUAAUGGUUAUAAGGUUUUUAUUUCCAUUGCACUAAUCCUUGGUGACGGACUCUACAAUUUUAUCAAAGUUAUAUAUUUUAGUGCCUUAAAUUUUCAAGCUUGCGUGAAAAGGAGGAAUCGCAGAACAGCUUCCGUUACAGAUGAUGACCAGAACAAGACUCCAGACGAUCUUACCCGUGAUGAAUUCUUUAUAAAAGAAAGUGUUCCAAUAUGGUUAGCAUGUGCAGGCUAUGUGGUACUCACCGUAAUCUCCAUCAAUGUUAUCCCUUUAAUAUUCCAUCAAGUGAAGUGGUACUUUGUGGUGAUAGCUUAUCUCCUAGCACCAAUUCUUGGCUUCUGCAAUGCUUAUGGUACUGGCUUAACUGACAUGAACAUGGCUUAUAAUUACGGAAAAGUAGCACUUUUCGUUCUUGCAGCCUUAGGAGGGAAAAGUGAUGGUGUUGUAGCUGGACUUGUAGCAUGUGGACUAAUAAAAUCACUUGCUUCAACUUCAUCUGAUUUAAUGCAAGAUAUGAAGACCGGUCAUUUAACUUUAACUUCACCGAGAUCAAUGCUUGUAACACAAGCAAUCGGUACAGCAAUAGGUUGUGUUGUAGCGCCUCUCACAUUCUUUCUUUUCUACCAUUCUUUUGAUGUUGGAGACCCUGAUGGUGAAUACAAAGCACCUUAUGCUAUCAUCUAUAGAAACAUGGCAAUUCUUGGUGUUCAAGGCUUUUCAGCACUACCAAACCAUUGCUUGGAAUUCUGUUAUGGGUUUUUUGCAUUUGCUGUGUUGGUUAACUUGGUAAGAGAUUGGAACCCUAAAAGUAUUGGGAAAUGGGUCCCACUUCCUAUGGCAAUGGCUGUGCCUUUUGUUGUUGGUGCUUACUUCGCAGUUGACAUGUGUGUGGGAAGUUUAGUUGUGUUUGUUUGGAGUAAAUUGAAAAGAAAGGAAGCAGAUUUGAUGGUUCCAGCUGUUGCUUCUGGUUUGAUUUGUGGAGAUGGGAUAUCGAUUCUUCCUUCGGCUGUUCUUGCUUGGUUUGAAGUUCGACCACCAAUUUGUAUGAGUUUCGCUGCAAAUAACUAG